GCCCUCGCUCAUAUCUUAGAACAGUGGUCAUACAAGCUGAACAUGAACUCUGCUCCACCGUAAACUCAUUAUGAUUGUAAGGAGUCACGUAGAUAGUGUGUUAAGUAUAAAAUAGUACAGUACGUGUGUGAAGAUGAAGGGCUAUAGUUUGCUGUGUUUAAUAUUUCUGCCCCCUGUCACAGUUAUUGGACAAACGACACCAGAUCCAAGUUGUGUAACAGUAGAUGACUUUGAAGUGUGCACAGGAACUGCAUAUCCAUGCAAUGUUGAGAAAAGCAAAUGCUACUGUAAGGACAAGAAACCUUUCUGUAGGUGUAACAACUACAUAGACAAGUGGUACAUAGGGGAGAAGUGUGACUUUGAGUGGACCAUAUUGAACUUUGCCCUGGUAUCAUCUCUACCAGGACUGGCCCUGGCUUUUAUUGUUGGUGUGAUGGUCCAGUGUGUCCAUUACUUAAGGAAACCAGCAAAGAAACAAAAGGAUCGGACAACGGGUUACACAAACUAUGCAAUGUCACCGACAACAUAUUAUGAAAAUAACCAAGAUGACAUGUUCUCCAACACAGUGUUUGCCUCAGACAUGCCGAAUCGGCCAAAGCCUCCCAGUGUCCAGCCCACCCAGGAGAGGUUUCCCAUAUCCAACUUACCCAACCGCCCUUACAGCCUUCAACUAAACGGCAUGCGGCCCACUUUAGACAGAUUGUCUUUGACCAACCCUACAAGCCAGCUAUACAACUACGCUACAGGUAUGACGCAGCCCUUGGGUAACCCCCAUCCCAAGUCUCCAUCGCCAAGGAACCCGUAUGAAGACAGAGCACCACCUCCAGACUGUUAUGACGACCAGCACAUGAGACCAACACAGCCCCCACCAGGACACAAAGGCAUGAUGAGAGAAGGCAUGUCUGGGUAUCCUGCGCCCAGUUCACCUGCUCCCCUCUAUUCGGCACUGGAGUACAACCCCAGUUCCCAGUUUCCCAGAGCCCAGAUAGGAAGACACUACUGAGGACAAACAGGGGUGACCAUGGCCUGAAUUAGAACGCAACAAAUUUCACUAUCACUAUUCAAAAAAGUUUAACUCGUAUAUAAUUUAAAGUGAGUGGAAAAUGUAAACAUUCAAGGACUUUGUAAACUUUAAUUUAACGUACUAAAAAAUGUAUUGUGGCUGGCCGCUAAGUUUUAUGAGUAAUCCCCAUUGACUGAUUAUGAAAUUGGCUCAUAUUUUUGCUGUUUUAAGGUUUAUUGUUUGACAAUUUUGUUACUAAUAAAGGUUAUUAUUCCUAGAUUCAAUCCGUAGCGUGGAUCCAUACACGCGAUUGAAAUGUAAAGGCAAUGUUCCAAUGUUUCAAUUUCCAGUCGCUUUAACUCGGAUUUCCACACUACAGAUUGAAUCUAGGCCUAAGUAACAGGGUUUGAGUCAAUUCCAAUUUCCAGUCGCUUUAACUCGGAUUUCCACACUACAGAUUUAAUCUAGGCCUAAGUAACAGGGUUUGAGUCAAUUUCAAUUUCCAGUCGCUUUAACUCGGAUUUCCACAUUACAGAUUGAAUCUAGGCCUAAGUAACAGGGUUUGAGUCAAUUCCAAUUUCCAGUCGCUUUAACUCGGAUUUCCACACUACAG